AAACGCACCGAAAAUACAAGCCAGUACGGUCGGAAAUUGGCAAUCAGAAGCCUAUUGGAGUGUCACAAAAUGUUAUGUCUCCUAAAGGGUUCGCGCAUAUUGACUCGACUGAACCCGGGGGUUGGCGCAAAGGCGAUGCUUAGGAAGAUGAUAUAUAGUUUGUUAGCCUGGUUGCCUCUCGAAGCCUUGGUGGUCAAAAUGCGUCUAACCAAGAACACGGAUAUCGAUAGCAUCCUGAGAACCUCAAAGUCCUUUGAGGUGCUAGAGCCUCACUGCACAUAUAGUACCCAUGUCUCCAGUAAUCCGGCGGUGUUGAACGGUCGUCCGUUCGUGAGGCAUCGGCUUAUCGGCGGGGAGCAUCGGGGCAGCACCAGUCACAGAACGCGCUUCGAUGACUAUGCCUGGUUCGGAAGGAACGAUAGGGACUAGAUACACUACUAGGACUACUAUCCAAGGUAGUGCACUUGCACAACCUACCCAAGUGCUGACGUUUGCCGGGAGCUUGCAAGGAUGAAAAAUGACUGAUAUAAAUAUCGGGUCUCA